GUUGCACUGCUGUUAAUCAUACUCUGUAGAUAGAAUCACAGGAUCCCACAGCUGCAAGGAACCACAGGGAUUGUGUUAUGCAAACCCAGGACGGACCAGGGAGUUAAGAAAGCUAACAAUAGUCUCAAAGAGGGUACUUUUUCCGAGAUGGGAGCAAUUUAAGAUUCUUUUCACAAUUUUACUGAGAAAUAAUUCACACACCACAAAUUACAAGCAUUCAAAAUGUACUAUUCAUACAAAUGAAAUGAAUGUACAUGGACAAGUUUACAUGUACAGAAUGUAAAUGUACAAUGGUUUCACAUGGGAAAGGAAGGUGGCCCAGGAAACCUGCCUGAAAGAAGAGUGUGAUAUACAUUUUGAAAAAUCUGUACAUACUGUCCAUAGUGGGAUUUUACCAGAGGAGUCACAAGCAGAAAAACAGCAUGUGAAGUACACGAAAAGACAGAUUUUCUGUGACAAAAUGGCAUGUUCUUCUGACCGGGCAGCACGUAGCACGGGUCACUGGCAGAGGAGGCAGAAGGGCAGGGAGGUAGCAGGAUUGGGGAAGCUUCGCUCGUAGCCAGUGGGUAGUAACCAGGGAAUGAUCAUCAUAACAGUGUUUCUCAACAUUUCAAUGCAAGGUCAGCUCAGACCACCCUGACGUGUCUUUGAGCCCCUGUGGCCUCCAGCUCUCAUUGCAGGAGAUGAAGGAACAAGAGGCCCAGCGCCAGGAGAGAGAUGAGCGGCUGCAGGAUUCAGAGAAGGCCUUGGCAGAAGAGCAGGCCAAAAUAAAGGCAGCUGAAGAGGAAAAGGAGUAUUUUGCAAAAGGAUGUGAGGAGCUGAAGCAAAAGAUGGCGGAUCAAGAAAGAACCUUCAAUGAUAAAUUUGCCAGUGUGGAAGACAAGAUGAGAGAAAUAGGGAGUCAGGGGAAUGAGAACUCCAGGAAGCUAGAUGAGGUACUGCAGGUGAUGAAGGAACUAGUGGUAAAGUGUAAUGAGAAAGAUGAGCAGCUGCAGAAUGCAGAGAAGGCCUUGGCAGAAGAGCAGGCCAAAAUAAAGGCAGCUGAAGAGGAAAAGGAGCAUUUUGCAAAAAGAUGUGAGGAGCUGGAGCAAAAGAUGGCGUAUCGAGAAAGAAUCUUCAAUGUCAAAUUUGCCAUUGUGGAAGAGAAGUUGAGAGAAAUGAAGAGACAGGCGAAUAAGAACUCCAGGAAGCUUGAUGAAAAAAUCAACAGGCUGCUUCAUGAUAGGCAAAAUAUGAAAGAGGGGACUUCGGAGGAAAAUGAGGAAAUAAAUGAUUUCUUGACUUCGUUUCGUCCUUUCAUUCUCAUGAUUCUUAAACGGCUCUUUCACUGAUCUUGAAGUCGGUAACUAUCCAGUAUUCAGAAUUCUUCAAAGAAUUCCUCUCACUGAUCUUCGGCUUUAUUUUACUGACUAGUUUCCCCUUGGAGUCUUGGAUUUCCUGUAUCUACUAAACUGGAUAGAGGACCCUCCUUUGUGCUUCCAUGGUACUAACCACAUAACUUUGCAAAUUGAAAUGACCUAUUUACUUCUGUCUCCCUGAUGUUACCUCACUAACAAGCUCUAAUCUAUGACUUCAUCAUUGUAAUCUCAGCUGCUGUUUCCAUGUCAAACACUUAAACAGUGACUGGGAAAUUUUGGCCAAAUAAAUAAAUAACCUUUCACCAUAAAGUC